AUGGAACAUCUACUUCAAAAGCAGCAGAAAGGAGUUUCAGUCUACAAACAAAGCAAAUUUAAAGAGAGGACUACCAAAAAUAGUAGAAGCAAGUUUGUUGGGGUGAGGCAAAGGCCUUCUGGGAAAUGGGUUGCAGAGAUCAAAGACACAACACAGAAGAUAAGGAUGUGGCUGGGGACCUUUGAGACUGCUGAAGAAGCUGCUCGAGCUUAUGAUGAAGCUGCUUACCUGCUUCGCGGUUCGAAUACUCGAACCAACUUUGCCACUAAUGUCUCCCCCAAUUCACCCAUCUCUUUGAAAGUCAAAAACCUCCUCAAUCAGAAAAAGAAUAUGAAACAACACCCUUCAGCAACCCCCAGUACUGUUAAACCAUGUACUAGAAUUAGUUCUGGCUGUUUUGUCACUAAUACCUUCCCUGAUGAUUGUUCCAAUUAUAUUACCAAUGAUAGUUCUAGCUACUGUUUGAAUUUUAGUGCUCCCUCUAGUGUCAAAGUCCAAGACACCCAAAUGUCUGGAGAUGCAUAUAGACCAGACUUGAGCAACUGCAUUGCUGAACUUGAAGCAACUAGGUCUUAUUCUGGUCACUUGUGGCCAUUACCGCCCGAGUUUGAUCAGCUUCCGUUAGUCCAAGAGAAGCUGGAGUUCCCAAAACAUGGUGGUUUAUUGCCUGGUACAACAGGGCUGGACUUCACAGAAUUUGAGCACAUGAAGGUAGAAAGACAAAUGUCAGCAUCAUUAUACGCUAUGAACGGAGUGAACGAGUGCAUGGAGAAUGCAUAUGAUGCUAGUGAUUCUCUCUGGGAUCUUUCUACUUUGUGUCACUUGUUCUGCACAAGUUGAUGCCCUCUCCUCUCUUAAUACAUUGAACUAUCAAAGCAUGAAGGUAAGAAGAGAUUGGAAGCUGUAAUGCUGUAUUUGAUUAAUGCAAUGAUACUGAAAGUCUGCUUUGUUCUACUUUCAAGAAGAGGUACUAUUUUUGGUGGUGCAAUG